CUCUCCACCAACACCGACACCAGCUUGUUUGACAUCUCAUGUGCAGAAUUUUUAGCUGAUCAUCACAAAAGCUCUUGUGGAUUCAUAGACAUGUUGAGCGUCCAAGAUUUUAAUUUCCCUUCUUCUACAUUUGAUGAUUUCCUUCAAAAUAUUACAUCCCAUUUAAUUCCCCUAGAACCACCGCAGCAGCAACUCUCGUCGCACCCACUCCCUUCGCCGCCCUCCACCCUGCCGGAAUAUUCUGAGGUGGUCAACACCCCCGCAACACCAAACUCUUCUUCUAUCUCUUCUUCUUCAACUGAGGCCGCUCCAAAUGAUGAUUUUAAGAAGAAUAAAACUACUGUUGAAGAAGAGGAGGAGGAAGAAGGAGAAGAAGAAGAUAAUCAAGAAAAGACUAAGAAACAGUUGAAACCCAAAAAGAAGAACCAAAAGAGGCAAAGAGAGCCAAGAUUUGCUUUCAUGACAAAGAGUGAGGUUGAUCACUUGGAUGACGGUUAUAGAUGGAGAAAGUACGGCCAGAAAGCUGUGAAGAACAGCCCCUUUCCAAGGAGCUAUUAUCGUUGCACUAGUACAGCAUGUGGUGUGAAAAAAAGAGUUGAAAGAUCUUCUGAGGAUCCAUCCAUUGUUGUCACAACCUAUGAAGGUACACAUACACAUCCCUGUCCCAUUACUCCACGUGGCAGCUUUGGAGUUAUGCCGGAAGCCACCACAUUCGGUGGUCUUGGUGGCGGAGUAGGAGCGACAGGUGUUAAUUCAUCCCAUUUUGUCACGCCUCAUCAAAUGCUUCAGUAUCAGCAGCAACAUCAGCAAGAACCCUAUUUUCAGAACUUGUCAGCACCGCUCAUGAAUUUGAACACUGCCACUAAAAAUCCUACCUUUCCUCCACCAUUUCAAUUAGAAAGACCCUUUUGCCCCUCGCCAUCUUCUGUAGCAAGAGACCAUGGUCUUCUUCAAGACAUGCUGCCAUCUAAGAUGUUAAAGGAACCAAAGGAUGAAGAGUAGAAAUUACAAGGGUUUUUGAAGUAAUUAAUUAAUUUUGCCAUAGCUAGCUACCAUUAUAUAUAUAUAUAUAUAAUUAGUAUGUUUUUUUAAUUAUAUAUAUAUGUAUGGUGUUCUUUACUGACUCAUGAUCAAUGUGAAGUAAUUGGGGUUCUCUCUAAUUUAUAAAUGAACCCAUGCACUUGGAUCAUAGUUAAUUACUUAAGACUCCUUAAUUAAUUUCUAUAUAUAUUUCUGUAUGAUGGAUGCAUGUAAAAUCCAGUACUAGUAUAGUUAGAUGCAGAUGAUGAAGGGUCGACUAGCUACCUCUUUUAAUCUAUGUUCUUUUGUUAUUUGUUGUACUAAAAUUUUAUCUACCAAUAGUGACAGAGAAAUUAAUGGAUAUUUUGUCUCCCUUUCUUGAGUGAUAUAUAUUCCCUUAACAACUUUUGAUAUAU